CUCACUGAUUCUUGAUCCCUAACUUGACUUAGGUAUCGCCAUUUAAAUUAUGAUAAUACAUAUGUAAAGAAAAUGUCGCUUGACUAUAGGGAAAACAUUUUAAAGAGGAAAGAAGCGGAAAACUCAUUCGACUAUCCUUUCUUUAUCUCUAUAAGUCACACUUAUAUGUAUUUUUUCUUCCUGUCUAUUUUUCUUGUUCUUCCUUAUCUCUCUCGCCUCUUAAUUCUUUUCUUUUAAUCUCUGCCAGUUUACAUACGAAGACUGUUCAACUGUUCAUCUCCUUAAACAGACGAACAGACCAUGGAAUAUCAAAUUUGUUUUUAGUUCGUUUAGUUUGUUUGAAAAUAUAUAUUUCGAGUGAGGUUUCCAGGAAAUUGUCUUUUGGCGAAUCGUGCUCUGGCGAAACGUCAAAGAUUCCCCAAAAUUUUGCGUACACAAAAGAUGGUAAAAAACCGUUUUCGCCAUGGCGAAAUGCCAGUGCCGUUUCGCCAAUUGGCGAAACGUCCCUGACUUUUCGCCACGGCGAAUUGUCUUUUGGCGAAACGACAGAGAUUCUUCUUAACCGCUAUAUUUCUUUAUAAUUUAGGAACCGCAUCAGUACUUACGCCUGUUCCGUUAUUAAAAACUUCUGGUCUUCGUGGUGGUAAAAUAUUAGGAUGUCAUAUUCGUACUCUCGACAAUAUGAUUCUUACAGCAGUUAAUGGUAUUGGUCAGCAAUCAAAUGGAAUCUGUGCACAAUUAAAACCAAUAAAAAAAACUUUAAAAAUAGCGAAUAAUAAUACAGCAUUAAAUACACAAACAAUUAAUAUAUCACCAUUACGUUCACCAUCAUCAUCAACACCAAAAUCAAUAGCAAGAAAAACACCAAAUAAAAAUUCUAAAAUAUUUAUAAGCAGUUUAGUUCAUUGA